GCUGGUUGUUCCCCAACUGGUGGAGCAGCUGCUAUGAUGAUCCUCCCAUUGGCUGCUUUCCUACAUCCUACCCGUACAACAACACAGGCGGAAUAGCACCACAGCACCCCGACACUAUAGGCCUGGAGUUCCACUUCUUGAACACCGGAUCAGCAGUACAGUUUUUUAAUAUCAACAACGCUGAGCAGAUUGUGGCCAGGACCUACAACUCCUCUGCCAAGACUGUGAUACUUGUGCACGGGUAUUUCGAAAACGGGUUCAGCUCUUGGAUACGGGAUUUGUCGCAUCAACUGUUUCUAAAGGAUGCGAACAUGAACAUUCUGGUAGUGGACUGGGACGGCGGCUCCAGCAACCUCAUCUACUUCCAGAGUGUCGCCAACGCUCGUGUGGUUGCCGCAAUCACCGCACUUCUGCUGCAGAAAUUGGUUGCCCAUGGCGGUGACAAGGCAAGUUUUCACAUCAUUGGAUUUAGUCUGGGAGCUCACCUAGCCGGCUAUAUCGGGAAACGUCUGCCUGGAAUCGGCAGAGUCACAGGACUGGACCCUGCUAGACCUGGAUUCGAAGAAGUGGCCACCGAAGCUAGACUCCAUUUCACAGACGCCACUAUAGUAGACGUCAUGCACACAGACACCACGCCGACUGUAGGCAUGGGAAUCUUUGAGCCAAUGGGAACGGUGGAUUUUUACCCCAAUGGUGGCGCCAACCAGCCUGGUUGUCCGGUCAGUGUCAUGGACAGAGUUUCUGCUGUCAUGUCAUCAUUUGAUUUCACCAGUGACUCCGUGAGGUUUGCGGUGGUCUGCUCACACUUGCGAGUAACCAGCCUCUUUAUCGCCUCUGUCAACAACAGCUGUCGGCAGCCCAACCCGGCGCUGCCAGUCCGCCUCUGA